GCUGCGGUUGUUGGUCUGCCGGCGUCGAGCACAGACGCACCAUUUCAGCGAGAUCUCGCUCAGUGAAUCACAGAGCUGAACCCGUUCGUCGGAAUAACAGUCUCUGUUUUUGGACUCGAGUCAGGCAGCGACAUUUUUAGAUACAGAUGAGGACAAAUGAGGGAAGAUGGAUUUCUAAAGCUCGCUUUUUUUUUUCGCCCGGAGCUUCACGUUUCGUUAUUGCGAGAGUGAUGAAUGAACAUGAAUACGAGAGUGCAGUGAUGCUGUGAGAACAGCUGUGACUGAAUAAAGUCGUGAAAAAAAAUCUAAUAAAAUCCGAAAACAGCGACAAGUUCUGCAGAACACUGUGCUUUGUUGCCUUUUUACGGAUCAGAUGCGGCAGAUGUUAGUUUGCUGAGCACAGGUUCAUUGAUCCUGAGGACCGACCGGACCCCCCUUCACACAGACCGGAGGAUGAUCCCCGGGGCCCCCGGCACGACCACCACCAUGCUCCCCGCCUCCGAGGCUGCCAAAAUCUACCAGACCAACUACGUGCGCAACUCCCGCGCCAUCGGCGUCCUGUGGGCCAUCUUCACCAUCCUCUUCGCCAUCGUCAAUGUGGUGUGCUUCAUCCAGCCGUACUGGAUCGGAGACGGCAUGGACACCCCGCAGGCGGGCUACUUCGGUCUGUUCCACUACUGCAUCGGGAACGGGCUGUCCCGGGACUUGACCUGUCAGGGCAGCUUCACCGAGUUCAGCACCAUCCCGUCCGGUGCGUUCAAGGCCGCCUCCUUCUUCAUCGGCAUGUCCAUGGUGCUGGUCAUCUCCUGCAUCGGCUGCUUCGGGCUCUUCUUCUUCUGCAGCACCGGCACCGUGUAUAAGAUCUGCGGCUGGAUGCAGCUGGCUGCAGGCACAUGUCUGAUUCUGGGCUGCAUGAUCUACCCAGAUGGUUGGGACAGCGACGAGGUGAAGCGGAUGUGCGGCGAGCAGACGGACAAGUACACGCUGGGCGCCUGCUCGGUGCGCUGGGCCUACAUCCUGGCCAUCAUGGGCAUCCUGGACGCCCUCAUCCUCUCCUUCCUGGGCUUCGUUCUGGGAAACCGUCAGGACAGUCUGAUGUCUGAGGAGCUGCUGGGAGACAAGAGCGGCAAUAACGCCAUAUAACAUCUGUUAAUGGUGAAGCAGCCGCAAACACACAGGUCUUGCUGCCUAGACGUGAUGUUACUUCAGGAUCCAGCUUCCCUCUCGUGGUCCGACCUGUGGCUGGGAUGUAGAGCUGAGGUCUUGGUAAAGAACAGAUCAAAGAAGAGGAGUGAGAGGAGGUCUGGAAGAGGCCACACAAACCUAGGUGGAGACCAGGAUGCUGCUUGUUCUCUCUGAAAGCUCCCCCCUGUAAAAUAGCCGCCUCCAUUCUUCUCAAACCGCUUAUUCUUGGAGGAUGAAUCCUCAAAAAGACCGUCUCAACUGUAUGUCACUGCGUCAUCUUACAUGAGCUCUUCAAACUGACAUUUUUUUGUCCGUGUGGAUGUGGGGAAGGCUGUCGGUGCUUAAGUUCAGCUGAAAGAAUAUAUUUAAAAAGGCUCUUCAUGUUUUUAAAUUCAUCUCCAAGAUACACACCACGGAGCGACGGCCGCUCAAAUCAAAUCAAAUCAUCCAGACUUUGACCGACACAAAUAAGGACUUUACAGACUCGAGGUCAAAACUGUCAGAUCUUCUUUCUUACCAAGUCAACAAAGGAGUUUGGCGUUGACACUGGUUGACCUUUUGAAACAACGGCACUGUUUUGUUAUAAUUAAAUGUUUGAUGUGAUAGAAUCAAAGGUAGUAAAUAGAAAUUUUGCUGCUGACAACUUUGCAAAACAUGUACUAAAUAGGAGAAAAAUAUCAAGUCUUAUAAUCUGUGUAUACGUCCUUGUAUUUUGUCUUGACUUUGAAAUGUGCACUUUGAAAUGUCAAGCUAUUGGUCCAUUAUUAGUGUGUGCCAUACAGUAUCUCGUAAUCUGACAGUAUUGUGAAGUACGAAAAGCUAAACUGAACAUGAAUAGAGGCUGAAUAUGUUUGUUUUAAUUGUCAUUGAUGAACACACGGGGAAACCUUCACAGUUUGGGAUACAUGCUUAACUUUAUUGCUUUCUGGCGGAGAGUUAGCAGUUGCAUGGAUAAGAAGAUUACAUAUUGUGGCCAAACGGUGGAAUUUCAAUUUUUUUAUACUCCGAAUUCAAACUUUUUUGGGUCUUCAUGGGGACUCUGUAUCCGGUUCUUUUUAUACACCCAUGCCUCUAAAGCUCAACAAUAAUCAUAUCUAAGUUGUUAAAACUGUACAAACGACAAUUAUCCGUUUUUAGCUAGCUGUAAAACACCAUAUUGCUGCCUUCACACUAGAUUUUGUAAAUUUUUACUUGUUUGCUAGUGUUAAGCUAAUUGGCUAACAGAGUUGGACCAGCUUGAGUGGUAUCAAUCAUCUAAGCUAGCUAACUCUCUGCUUAAAAGCUAAUUAGAGUAAUUCCUGAAAUGUCCAAUACCCUGAACAGCUUUUUGAAACAAAGUAGUUUUGAGUGUCGCACAGCAACAUUAUAAUUGUGAACGUGCAUCCUUUGUUAUUAUUCCCGUUACUUCAGGUGGUUACCAUGUCGAGCUGAAGGAUUCUAUAUGGGUCUGUUCUGAUGAAUAACUUAUAAUAUGGAUUCAAAGUGUGAGACAUAAUAAAGAAAUGACCACAUUUGGUAAGGAAUGUGUGCAAUACA